AGUUUAUGUUCCAUAGUUUUAAGCUUUCAUGCUAUUUUAACGUCUAACUCACUCUGAGUUUGGCAAAUUGUGGUCUUCUACUGGGUUUUACCCGCUUAUAUGAUACAGCAGCUUCCAAGAUAUCCUAUCGAGGCCUUUGCCACUUUUAAUGCCUCAAAUGACUAAACUCAUACAUGUAUACCAAUAGAUUGUAAAAUGAUUUACGAUCAGACUCCAAAGACCAAAAAAAUGGCUGUUCGCACCCAUUUAAAAGGAUCUUCAGUGGAUAGCGAACUCUCAACUGGAACAUUCGUCUGUACUACAUCGGAAUGCUCGGCUUCAACAUGCGACAGUUUAAGGAAUAAGAGAAGGAAGCGAAUAGGAUCGACAAAGAGGGUCAUAAACCGGAAUAUUUCAAUUUCAAACGACGAUAAUUUACAUAGUGAUACAGAUAGCAGCGAUGUCGCAGAACUUAAAAGUGAAGAUAUAACAGAGGACAGGAUUUGUAGACGCUGUGAUAAGCUCACAUCGGAGCUAACAGAGUUGAGAAUGCAACACCAUGAUACAUGGUUAUCAAACAUUAAACCCCUGGAAGAGAUGCUUCUUAUGAAGGAGUCAACGAUAGACAGGCUACAGAGCGAAAUACUGGAAAAGGACAAACUGUUAUUGAAGGCUCAAAAGGUAGAAACUAAGAAACAGGAAAUGGAUACAAAGAGGAGAGAAAGUUUAAUCAAGCUCCAAGAAGAGAUACGUUUGCUGAAACAAAAGAAUGCGAACAAGAGUAUACAAAUUAGGGAGCUUGAAACAUCCAUUAAGGUCAAGGAUGAUAAUAUAUCGCAACUGGGUAUCGUAAUCGAAAGGUUGGAAAAGAACGCAUUAAGGGAUAGUGAGAUUAUUAAAAAGCUCAGAUCUAUGCUCGAAAACAAGAGCUAGUCUAUCACUAACGCGACACCAUGUACAAGAUCCAUGUGUAGAUGUAGCCUUUCUAUCUGGGUGGUGCUGUGAUUCCAAUAAUAGCAAAUUCCCA